AUGGCCAUUAUAAAGAGAGUGAACCGCUCGAAAGUUGCGGACGCUAAGGCCCCAGACAGUACUGGACAAGCCAAUGGCGUCCGCAAAGCUGUGUUUCAAGGCAACCGCAAGAAAACAGUUGGCGUGGAUGAUUUGACUUUGCUUUCCAAGAUUUCGGAAGAUGAAAUUAAUAAAAACUUAGAACUUCGUUUCCGUAAUGGCGAAAUCUAUACAUAUAUUGGACAUGUAUUGAUUUCAGUCAACCCUUUUCGUGAUUUGGGUAUUUAUACUAUGGAUGUUCUAAAGUCUUAUCAAGGAAAAAACAGACUUGAGACAUCUCCUCAUGUAUAUGCAAUUGCCGAAAAUGCCUACUAUCAAAUGAAGUCGUAUCACGAAAAUCAAUGUAUUAUUAUUUCUGGUGAAUCCGGUGCUGGUAAAACUGAAGCUGCUAAGCAAAUUAUGCAAUACAUAACUCAUGUUUCAAAGUCUGUUGGUACAGAAAUAGAAAAGGUUUCUAAAAUCAUAUUGGCGACCAACCCUCUACUCGAAAGCUUUGGCUGUGCUAAAACUCUUCGCAAUAAUAAUUCCUCCCGUCAUGGAAAAUAUCUAGAGAUGAUUUUCAACCCCUCAGGCGCUCCAAUUGGUGCUAAAAUUACGAACUAUCUUUUGGAAAAAAAUCGUAUUGUUCAUCAAGUUCGAAAUGAGAGAAAUUUCCAUAUUUUCUAUCAAUUUACAAAGAGUGCUCCUCAGAAAUAUCGUGAUGCGUAUGGUAUCCAAGGUCCCGAAAGCUAUCUUUAUACUUCGGCAAGUCAAUGUUUCUCUGUUGACGGUAUAUCUGACGAUAGAGACUUCCAGGGCACUAUAAAUGCUAUGCAAGUCAUUGGUAUUACAGAAGCUGAACAGGACGAAAUUUUUAAGGUGAUUGCAAUUAUUUUAUGGCUUGGUAAUAUCCAGUUUCAAGAGGGUCCUGACGGUGGCAGUGUCAUUACAGACAAAAGUAUUUCAGAAUUUUUAGGAUACUUAAUAGGUGUUUCUGCCCCUUUAAUCGAGAAAGCUUUGACUAUCAGGAUUAUGCAAACACAACAUGGUUCCCGAAGAGGAUCUGUUUAUGAGGUUCCUCUCAAUCCAACCCAAGCAUUAGCUGUCCGGGAUGCUUUGGCUAUGGCUCUCUACAACUGCCUUUUUGAUUGGAUAGUUGAGCGUGUAAACAGAGCAUUAGUUACUUCGGAUCGAUCCGCGAACACUUCAAUUGGUAUUCUUGAUAUUUACGGGUUUGAGAUUUUCGAGAACAAUUCUUUCGAACAACUUUGUAUUAAUUAUGUCAAUGAAAAGCUACAGCAAAUUUUUAUUGAACUUACCCUCAAAACCGAACAAGAAGAAUACGUUCGUGAACAGAUUGAAUGGACUCCUAUUAAGUAUUUUAACAACAAAGUUGUGUGUGAUUUAAUUGAAUCUAAGAGACCUCCUGGCCUUUUCGCUGCCAUGAACGAUGCUAUCGCUACUGCGCAUGCUGAUUCGGCUGCUGCUGAUAAUGCUUUUGCUCAACGCUUAAACUUCCUUUCGAGCAACCCUCACUUUGAACCAAGACAAACCCAAUUUAUUGUUAAGCACUAUGCCGGUGAUGUUACUUAUGAUACAAUGGGUAUGACUGACAAGAACAAAGAUCAAUUGGCUACUGAUAUUUUAAACGUUGUACACUCGUCGAGUAACAACUUUUUGAAGUCUAUUUUCCCUGCCCCUCAAGAAACGAGUGCCAGACGCCGACCUCCUACGGCCGGUGAUCGCAUUAAAGCUUCUGCGAAUGACCUGGUCGAUACUUUGAUGAAAUGUCAACCAUCUUAUAUUCGUACGAUCAAACCGAAUCAAACGAAGUCACCCCAGGACUAUGAUACUCGUAUAGUGUUACAUCAAGUCAAGUAUCUUGGUCUUCAGGAGAAUAUUCGUAUUCGACGUGCUGGUUUCGCUUAUCGUCAAGCGUUUGAUACAUUUGCCCAACGCUUUUCUGUUUUGAGCGGUAAAACGAGUUAUGCUGGCGAAUACACUUGGCAAGGUGAUGACAAAACUGCUUGCGAACAAAUUUUGAAGGAUACUAAUAUCCCCCCUACUGAAUAUCAGAUGGGUACUAGUAAAGUGUUUGUAAAAAAUCCUGAAACGCUUUUUGCUUUGGAGGACAUGCGCGAUAAAUUUUGGGAUAGUAUGGCCGUAAGAAUUCAACGGGCUUGGCGUGCUUACGUUAGAAGAAGGUCAGAAGCUGCUUCCUCUAUACAGAAGCUAUGGAAUCGUAAUAAAGUGAAUGUUGAGCUUCAACGCGUUCGUGAUGAAGGCUCAAAGCAUUUACAAGGCAAGAAGGAGCGAAGAAGAUAUAGUAUGUUAGGCUCUCGAAAGUUCUAUGGUGAUUACUUAUCAGCCUCCAAGCCUAAUGGUACUUUAUGGAGUACUUGCGGCUUAAGUUCUAGUGAUAGUGUGAUUUUCUCCAUGCGUUGCGAAGUACUCGUUCACAAAUUAGGCCGUUCUUCUAAACCCUCUCCUCGCCAGCUUGUUUUAACGAAGAAGGCCCUAUAUCUGGUUAUUACUAAAAUUGUUGAUCAUCAACUUACUCAGCAGGUUGAAAAGAAAUUUUCUGUUUCUUCUAUCGAUUCGGUCAAUUUGACAAGCCUACAGGAUGAUUGGGUUGCUGUACGAAGCAAAUCUAGUCCAGAUGGUGAUAUGUUUUUGCGUUGCUUUUUCAAAACUGAACUGGUUACAGUUCUUCGUAAAAUAAAUCGCCAAAUUAAAGUUAUUGUGGCCCCAACUAUUGAAUAUUGUCGUAAACAAGGAAAGACUUUAAUUGUUAAAUCACAGAAGGAGGAAACAGCAAAUGAUUACGAUUAUUAUAAGAGUAGCACUAUCCGUGUUGGGACUGGUUUACCUCCUAAUAGUGUCAGCAAACCGUUCCCUCGUCUUGCUACCGGUGUUUCUCCAGCCGUGAGACAGCCUCCUGCACAGGCAACUGCAAAACCAGCACCCGUCAAGAGAGCUGCUCAACCAAGACAGCAACCUCUACCUCAGCCUGUCAAGCAAAAUAAGCCGCCCGCGCCAGUCUCUCAGGCGAAGACUACUCAACCAUCUCCUCCCGCAGCCCCCAGUUUGUAUGAAAUUAACCAAACCACCCAAAUAUUUCCUGCGGAACAAUCAUCCUCUCCUUCGUCUGCUCCCCAGCCUAUUGAAUCUCCUGCCGCUACUAAGCCAACUGCCUUUGCGACACCCAGUCAAGCUCCUCGUGCUCCUCCACCACCAGCUCCCCCUGCUGCUCCUCAAAAACCCUUAUACAUUGCUUUGUAUGAUUUUGCCGGUCGAAGUGCUAAUGAAAUGUCAAUAAAGAAAGAUGAGACACUUGAAAUUGUACUUAAAGAGCCUAGUGGUUGGUGGCUUGCUGUCAAGAAUGGAUCAGAGGGAUGGGUACCUGCAACAUACGUAACUGAAAGCAAGGAUAGUACAAUGUCCGCCGAAACCCCAGUAAACAAUGGUGAUUCAAGUCCUGGUGUAAACAACUUAGCCGGUUCACUCGCCGAUGCACUUCGUAUGCGUGCGUCUGCUGUCCGCGGUAGUGAUGAUGAAGAGGACUGGUAA